GGAAUAUAUAAAUAGGUAAAGCAGAUGGUCCUCUUCGGUGUGGGUGGGCCCCGUAUAGUCAGUUGAAGGAAGGACUGAAUAGAACAAAAAAGAUGCAGCCUCUCUUGAGUAAGAGAGAUUUCUCCAACUGGAUGGCUUUGAAACUGGGUGUGUUAGAACCCUCCUCUGGAAGAAGAGUCCCUCUCAGAUGCCCAAGGUCAAGGUUAAGCCCCUUGUUGGUACAUUUCUUUCCCCCUGUGGUUUAGCCUUUGUACUGUUUCUCUCAAGCGCCCCUUUGAGAAUCCAGGAUGCAAAAAAAAAAAAAAAAAGAAAAGAAACGCUUCAACUUCAAGGGGAGUUUCAUGUAAAGUGUCCAACCCCGUGCACAGCUACUCUUGUGUGUUCUUUCUUCUCUCUCUCAGUCUCCCUCUCCCUCCGUAUUCCCUCACUCUCUCGGCCAGUGGAGGAGUUUAAACAUGCAAAUGCGGCAUCUAAACUGCGUUUAAGGAAUUAACCCAUUUUGCCCCUCGCUGGUCUAAACCACAGGGUGCCAACCAGAUGCUAAUUGCUUUCCUCUGGUGGGGUUCCAGCCGGUUCCUCGGGAGGAAGGAGCGCACAUUCCUGGCACCAAUUGGCUAAUUCAAUCGACUUCGCCGCGCUGCCAGUGUCAGAAGAUCCAUGAGCAGGGGAUGAGGACGUGCGGCUCUGGCGGGCAGCAGCCAUUCGGGCCCGGCACGGCAGGCGGACCUGGCGCGGGGCUCGGGGGCCGGUGACCACGUCGCGCUCUGGUCCCGGGCGGUGCUGGAGGGCGCGCCGGGCAUCUGCGGGCUCGGCGCCUGGCACUGCCGCCCAACUCCGCCGCCGCGCCGAGACUUUGCAGGAGAUCCGGAGGCCGGGAAGCUGUGACACUUCGGACGUAGGGGGUCGGGGGGUGGGGGGCGGGGGCGGCGGGACCCCGACCUCGGGCCGGGCGGCCGUGAUGUGAGCCGGACGCCAAGGAGCGCGGACCCAACGUCCCCGAGAGUCGCCGGCCGAGCCAGGAAGUGAACAUCAAGCAGAUCAACCUGACUCAAGAUCACACAAGUGUCCAAUACACUGAGUUUUUGCUUUUUUUUUUUUUUUAAUUUGAAGAAUACUCAAGUUCCAGAAGCUUGUCAUCCUGCACUUGACUUUCUGAAACCUUAGUGAAUCCAUGUGGACUUCUGGUAGAAUGAGCAAUGCAAAGAGCUGGCUUGGACUUGGCAUGUCCUUAUAUUUCUGGGGACUGAUGGAUCUUACCACAACUGUUCUCUCAAGCUCACCAGCAUCACGAGGUGAAUUAGAAGUGCUUCUGUCAGACAAGCCACAGUCACAUUCUCGAACAAAGAGGAGCUGGGUGUGGAACCAGUUUUUUGUUCUGGAAGAAUACACUGGAACUGACCCUUUGUAUGUUGGCAAGCUCCAUUCAGACAUGGACCGAGGUGAUGGAUCUAUCAAAUACAUCCUCUCUGGAGAAGGUGCGGGCAUUGUGUUCACCAUUGAUGACACCACGGGAGACAUCCAUGCCAUUCAGAGGCUUGACCGGGAGGAAAGGUCUCAGUACACUUUAAGGGCACAGGCCCUAGACAGGCGGACAGGCAGGCCAAUGGAACCAGAAUCCGAGUUCAUCAUCAAAAUCCAAGAUAUCAAUGACAAUGAGCCCAAGUUCCUGGAUGGACCUUAUGUAGCCACUGUGCCAGAAAUGUCACCAGUGGGGACUUCUGUUAUCCAAGUGACAGCCACGGAUGCUGAUGACCCAACCUAUGGCAGCAGUGCCCGGGUGGUGUACAGCAUUCUCCAGGGCCAGCCCUACUUUUCUGUGGACUCCAAAACAGGUGUAAUUAGGACAGCACUCAUGAACAUGGACCGAGAAGCCAAAGAAUACUAUGAAGUGAUUAUCCAAGCCAAGGACAUGGGAGGGCAGCUUGGAGGACUGGCUGGAACCACAACUGUCAACAUCACCCUCUCAGAUGUCAAUGACAACCCGCCCCGCUUUCCCCAAAAACAUUAUCAGAUGAGUGUGCUGGAAUCAGCUCCAGUUAGCUCUACCGUGGGAAGGGUGUUUGCCAAGGACUUGGAUGAAGGAAUCAACGCAGAAAUGAAGUACACUAUUGUGGAUGGAGACGGUGCUGAUGCCUUUGAUAUUCACACAGAUCCCAAUUUCCAAGUCGGCAUCAUAACAGUCAAGAAGCCUCUGAGUUUUGAAAGCAAGAAAAGCUACACCUUGAAAGUGGAGGGAGCCAAUCCUCACCUAGAGAUGCGUUUUCUGAACCUGGGUCCUUUUCAGGACACAACCACAGUGCACAUCAGUGUGGAAGAUGUGGAUGAGCCCCCUGUGUUUGAAUCUGGCUCUUAUUUUGUGGAGGUACCUGAGGAUGUAACAAUUGGAACGACCAUCCAGGUCAUUUCUGCCAAGGACCCAGAUGUGACCAACAACUCUAUCAGAUAUUCCAUUGACAGAAGCAGUGACCCUGGAAGAUUCUUCUAUGUUGACAUUACAACAGGUGCCCUAAUGACUGCAAGGCCCCUUGACCGAGAAGAGUUUUCUUGGCAUAAUAUCACAGUCCUUGCUAUGGAAAUGAACAAUCCCUCCCAGGUUGGAAGUGUGUCUGUCACAAUCAAAGUCUUGGAUGUGAAUGACAAUGCUCCAGAGUUCCCCAGAUUCUAUGAGGCUUUUGUCUGUGAAAAUGCCAAAGCAGGGCAGCUGAUCCAGACAGUGAGUGCAGUGGACCAAGAUGACCCUCGCAAUGGUCAGCACUUCUACUACAGCUUGGCUCCCGAGGCAGCCAGCAACCCCAACUUCACAGUAAGGGACAACCAAGAUAACACUGCAAGGAUUCUCACCAGGAGAUCUGGCUUCCGGCAGCAGGAACAGAGCGUCUUUUACCUGCCCAUCCUGAUCUCAGACAACGGGCGGCCGGCACUAAGCAGCACUGGCACGCUGACCAUCCAGGUGUGCAGCUGUGAUGACAAUGGCCAUGUCCUGUCCUGCAGCCCCGAGGCCUACAUGCUCCCAGUCAGCUUGAGCCGGGGUGCUCUCAUAGCCAUUCUGGCCUGUAUCUUUGUCCUCUUAGUGCUGGUGCUGCUCAUCCUGUCCCUGCGGCGGCACCGGAAGCAGCCCUACGUCAUCGACAACGAUGAGAACAUCCACGAGAACAUCGUGCGCUACGACGACGAGGGCGGCGGCGAGGAGGACACCGAGGCCUUCGACAUCGCGGCCCUGUGGAACCCUCGCGAGGCGCAGGCGGGCGCCGCCCCCAAGACGCGGCAGGACAUGCUGCCCGAGAUCGAGAGUCUGUCCCGCUACGUGCCUCAGACGUGCGCCGUCGCCAGCACGGUCCACAGCUACGUGCUGGCCAAGCUCUACGAGGCCGACAUGGACCUGUGGGCGCCGCCCUUCGACUCCCUGCAGACCUACAUGUUCGAAGGUGACGGCUCGGUGGCCGGCUCGCUCAGCUCCCUGCAGUCAGCCACUUCGGACUCGGAGCAGAGCUUCGACUUCCUGACGGACUGGGGGCCCCGCUUCCGGAAACUGGCCGAGCUCUACGGAGCGGCGGAGGGGCCAGUGCCGCUCUGGUGACGGAAGCCGGGAGGCGGGCGCACGGCCAAUCCCAGCGGGUCCGCUGGGCCGGCUUCGCCUUCGAGGCGCAGGAGCACGCGGGACAGAACGGGCGGUGGGCACGCGGAGCGCUCCCUGGAUCAGCUUUACUUGGUUCCAUUAAGUCAUCAAGAGCGAACACAGGAAGAAGGGGAGGAGUUGGAAUCUCCAAUCUGCUAUUUUAUUUUAUUUUAUUUUAUUUUAUUUUAUUUUAUUUUAUUUUAUUUUAUUUUAUUUUUGUCAUCAUUGAUCAGACUUUCCAAAGCCUUGGUCAAUGUUGAAUAUAGCUAGCUUGGCUUUUCCUGGCCUGCCACCAGGGCCUCUUAUCCAUCACAGGUUGUGAUUUCAAAUACAGAGUCGGACAUUGAAAGCAGAAAGUUCUACUCUCAUUUUGGGGUUCUCCUUCAACCUCCCCAUCCCCCCCCCACACACACACAUACACUUUUUCCCCAGCACCCCACCCCCACCCCAAUCUUACUUUCUUCUCCAUUUAAUAGGGGUUUUUGUUUUUGUUUUGUUUUGUUUUUGCUGGCUUAUGAAUUUUUUUUUCAAGGCAAAGCAAACUUUAUUGUGACCCGGAGGUCAGGGCUCUUCCCUCCAGGUCCUGCUGGCACCAGUGAUUUAGGGGGGAGGGGCUUGUGUGUUGCCCCCAGCAUCUCCAUCACACUGAGAUUCAGAUGGUGGUGGCAGGGCUGGGGCAGGGGGACAUCCUGAGGAAGACCCAUAUUACAAGGUGAGCGUCUGGCAGGCCCUCUGUCACAGCCACCCAAACCACACAAAAGAGCUCUGGAAAUAUUGCUUCUCGGUGAAGUUAACCUACAGGUUCUGAGAAUUUCCUUUUAACCCCUUCUGAGACAAGGUUCAGGCUUUAUGGGCCUCGCAUGUGUAAAGGGUGGGGGGUGGGGGUGGGAGAAAGAAGAAGCAUUGACUUUGCACUCAAGUUGAAUGGCUGAACCAGGAGUCCUUGAAUUUGCAAUGCACCUGUCUCCAUCUGGUAAGAGUGUUCUUGCUCUCUCAGCUCUUAACUGUGCCCCUACAAAAAAAAAAAAAUCAGAAGGAAACCAGAAGAAAAAAAAUCUGCCUCUUUUGCACUGUAGAUGUCUCUUCCACGUGCCAAAUGUGAAGAUUAGAUGCUACAAUUGAAAGCCAAAUAAAAAGAAAUAUCUGAUAUAAGCAUGGGUUAGAGGGCUUUCCUAAUCUGUGUGAGGUCAAUCCAAGGGAUGUUUACAUACUGUAGAUAACCUACUUGAACAACAACAAAAAAAAAACCAGUAUUAUAGAGAAUAAAUGGAUGUAAGAAAAUUACAUGUAUAAGUUUUGUAUAUUUGUUAAUAAUUUUGGUAAUAAAUAUGAUGUACUACA